GACCUCUAGGCCCACAAUGUCCCAUGUGUAUACCUUCUGGCGAUCCACUUGUCCUGUGUGCAUCGUCCUGUGUGCAUGUCCUUAGGUCCACUUGCCCACUUGUCCUGUGUGCACGAUUCCAUUGCAGCUAUAAGAGUAGCCGCAAGCAAGAGCAAUUGAUCCCAAACACAACCAACUCGGCAACCAAGUCACAAGAUUCAUUGUCCAUUCUAAAACUACACAAUUCAUCAACAUGGGAAGCGCAUCCACUCAGUCCUGGCUGCAGAAGCUCGAGGAGCAAUUAAAUGUCGAUGUCGACUGGAUGGACCCGGCCUUCUCCAAGAGAAUGGCCAGCGAGUUUGGCGUCGUGCCCAACGACAUGACGAGCAACCAGCUCUGGGUCAACAUCCAAAUGUCCCACCCAGACAACAAGGACCUUUUCGAGAACUCGGUCAAGGAGUUGAAGGAUCAGGGAUGGCUCGCCAUCUACACGCGCAUCGCCGUCGGCUUGUGCAAGCGCAACAUUGACAACAUCAAGGGACGCGUCGCCCUCCAGGUGAACCCUCACAAGGCCUACGAUAAGCAGGCCGUUCUAGACCAUGCUCGAGCCUAUGCUCGUGAGUUUGAGAGAGCAGGUAUCCCCAAGACCAAAUACUUCAUCAAGAUACCCUCCACCGGCCCGGCACUGAAUGCUGCUCCGGCCCUGGAGGCUGAGGGAAUCCGCACCCUCGGCACCGCUCUCUUCAGUCUGGCACAGGCCAUUGCUUGCAGCCAGGCUGGCAUGCUGUACAUCAGCCCCUACUUCAACGAGACUCGCGCCCAUGACGAUCUGAGCCUCUGGCCCGACGUCGAGGACCCUGCCACACAACACACAAACUCGCCACGCGUCUGGCAGAUCCUUGAGACAUACCGCCGCCUGUACAAGGAGACAGGCAAAGAGCAACCCCUGCUCAAAAACGCCAGUUUCAUCACCCCGAAAGAGGCCAUGGCAGCGGGGGAGAUGGGUUGUCAUUCCGCCACCAUCUCGCCCACCGUCAUCGAGCAAUUGGCCAAGCUUCCCUACGAUGGCACAAAGCAACCCGGCGCGGGCAUCCCAAAGCCACAGCACGUCUACAAGAACGCCGGUCCGACCCCCGACCGCCUCAAGAAGCUGAUGACCAUCGACCCCAUUGCGUCUGCCGACUGGGAUGGCAAGCUCGCAAGCACCGACGUCGACUAUCUCGCCAACAACGGGGCCGCCCUCGAAGAAGCGAUAAAGAAGGACCCACAGACCGUCGCUAGACUCGCUGAUGCGUUGAAGUUGUUCCAAGGAGGUAUCGAUGAGAGCCGAGCCAAGAUUGAGGCGGCACUGAAGUAG